AUGGAAAAGCAUGUGAACGUGAGGAAUGUAGAAGGAUCUCUUUUAGAGAGAGUUGUGGAUGAUGUAAAUGAGGUUAUUGGUAUUUUUGACACCCAAAAUAUCAGUGAAAUCAGAAGCAUAUACCCGUUAACCCUGAAGCAUAUAAUUAUAACUCUGUUCCAAUAUUGAGAACCAAUCAAAAUUUACAUCCUUAUAUAGUAUCACUGACAGGUGAGUUUGUUGCGCUAGUGUUAUGAAAAUUUUGUAUCGCAAUAUACACUGUCAAUGAUGUGCUGCAAAGAUAAAACUAAUAACGGUUUGGUGGAGUAAAAUUUGACCAAAAUUGAAUGCCAAAAUGAAAGCUUGUGUGUUCUCAAAAGAGUAUGCAUCCUCAUUAUGCGACCUUUUUUUCUACCUGAUAGUUUUAAAAGGUUGCUAUCUUAAUAUUAAAAGAAGUUAUGCACAAACUCCAAUCAGAAGAACAUAUGGCAGGUUUUUCAAUGAACACUGAGACGGAAAACUACUUUGUAGCGAGCACAGAGUUUUUUUUGGAAAGUAUUCGCAGGGGAAAUUAUUCGUACACUCCAUGGGGCAGCUUAGUUUGCACAAAUUACAACACACUUGUCGGCUCCACCACCUGUAAAUGUAAAUGUUUUUGCCUGUUUAUUAUGUUCUAACAAAUUUAAAUGGCUCAACAUACACUGUGGUGUUGUGGAUGUACUUGGACAACUGUUAAGGACUUGAAGAAUUCAUUAUUAGCUACUUGUUUUAGAGAUGAUGCCUCUAAUUCUCUGAGUCCAUAUUUGGGCAAAAUAAUUUCCUUGCUUCUGAUUGGACAGCUAAAAAACCCCAGCAUGGUUCCAAACAAAUUAAUGAAUAAGAGGAAUUUAGAUGCUUCAGGGUGAUAUGCUUCUGGUGAAACAAAUAGGCUGUUGGUGGUAGCAGCAGCUAAUAUCAUGGUAGCAAAAAGGCUACAUGAAGGUGUUAGAAAACCUACUGCAAAAAGAAGUGAUGAGCGAUGUUGGAAGAGGAGGAUCAAACAAAAGAUAAUAUAGCUGAGGAAAGAUAUUAGUAGAUUAGAAGAGGUGAGUAACUGGUCAAUUGAGAAGAGUUAAGAUCAGUGAGCAGUUGGAAAGAAAAUGUAGUACAGUGGAACCUCCAUAUAACUUUACCUCUAUAACAAAGUCCUCGGUAUAUUGAACUAUUUUGAUUACCCCAGUAAUAGUAAUACAUUUGAAAAAGAACCUCCAUGUAACGAGAGCCAAGGGACUGGCAAAAUUUGUUUGCAAUAACGAGGUUUUGUUAUAUUGAGGUUCUUUUUCAUAUACAUAUUGUUAUUACUGGGGUAAUCAGAAAAGUUUGUUAUACUAAGGACUUCAUUUUAUAUAGGUUCUUUAUAUCGAGGUUCCACUGUAUAACAAAACCUCGUUAUUUGAACAAAUUUUGCCAGUCCCUUGGCUUUUCGUUAUAUCGAGGUUCCACUGUAUCUGUCUGAAGGGUCGCCGAAAUAAUUAUUUUAGUAGAAGAACUUGAGCAAGGGUGUCUAUCCAGGCAGCAAAAUUGAGGUGUUGUGGGGAGAACUACACGGUACUGAGACAAAAUGGAUUGUUUGAAUGCAAUCAAAAAAGACUGUUUGAGGAGCUGGAAGGAAACGAAAAGUAUAGUGAUGUGAUAUGCCAGUUGAAGAAAAGUGCCAAAAUAUCUGGGGUGGAAUUUGGGAAGAAAAAGCACAAUGCAGAGGCUGAAUGCUUGCAAGAUCUUAAAAAUGAGCUAGAUGCCCUGGGAAGGCAAGGUGAGGUGAAGGUUUCUGCACCGAUGAUCAAAAAACAACUAAGGGAAAAAAAAAUAGUGCCCAGUUGGAAAUAUGCGGGUCCAGAUGGUAUGCAUGGCUACUGGCUGAAAAAGUUUACUGUGUUACAUGUUUGAGAUCAGUACUAGAAUGGUUAACCAAGGAGACGAACUGUGUUGGUAGUAAAGCACAAAGGAAAGGAAGGUGAAUUGUCACACUUCAGACCAAUUGCAUGCCUACGUGUACCACUGAUGAGGAAGUUAUUUACAGCAGGGAUGUUGGUGGACACAAUAUUAUGAAAAUUACAUGUAAUCUUCACAGAAAGAGUUUAUUACCAGAGGAACAGAAAGGAUGUAGAAGAAACUCACGAGGCACAAAGAUCAGCUGCUUAUUGCAGAAGGUGCAAAAAAGGCCUUGGAAUGGUAUGGGUGGACUAUAA